UAAAAUUUAGAGAGAAGCAGCACAUAGGGAAAGAGCAAAAGAUCUCAGCCCUUUUAGUACUUUACUAAUUUUAACAGCCUCUUCCUCCUUCUCUCCAUCUUUUGAAGGCUGAGGCAACAGGAACAGAGCAACUAAAAACGCCAUGUUAUGUAACAGAUCAAGCUCGCCAUUGCUUAUUCUUUUAGUGGGUUUUGUUUUCUUUCUCUUUCUCUCCACAUCUUCUUCAGCAACCACUUUAACUUCUCAUCUACAGACUCUAAAUAUUCCCGAGGCUGUUAGUGAUGAGAGUUUUAAUGGUGUACUGAUACCGUUGGAGACAAGAAGGCAUCUUGAAGAAGAGAACUCAAACUCCACUCUGAUAUUGGCUGCAAAAAGAACUCGAAGGAAAGACCCUUUGGAUAACUUGAAUCGUUAUACUGGUGGCUAUAAUAUCAGCAAUAAACAUUACUGGGCUUCUGUUAGUUUAACGGCAGCUCCCUUCUUUCUCAUUGCUGGAAUUUGGUUUGUGCUCUUUGGACUGUCCUUGGCCUUCAUCUGUCUCUGUUAUUGCUGCUGUAGAAGAGAACCUUAUGGCUAUUCUCGAAUGUGCUAUGCUCUCUCUCUCAUUUUCCUCAUUUUCUUCACAAUCUCCGCAAUUGUGGGGUGUGUUGUUCUCUAUACUGGUCAGCAGAAGUUCCACAGCAUUACUACACAUACAUUGGAUUAUGUUGUGAAUCAGGCAAAUGUUACUGCUGAAAACCUCAGGAAUGUGUCAGAUUAUCUUGCUGCAGCUAGGAGUGUUUCUGUUGACAAUAUGUUACUGCCAGGCAAUAUUCGAAACAGCAUCAGUGACAUUGAGACGAAGAUCAACUCCUCUAGCAGCACUCUUUCCAAUCGUACACAAGAAAAUUCCAAAGAUAUAGAGGAUGGUUUAGAUACCAUGAGACUGGUUCUCAUUAUCCUUGCUGCUGUAAUGCUUGCUUUGGCAUUUCUUGGAUUUUUAUUCUCCAUUCUUGGAAUGCAGUGUCUUGUAUACUCCCUGGUGAUUCUUGGGUGGAUUCUUGUUGCGGGCACAUUUAUUUUGUGCGGAGUAUUCCUUCUUGUGCAUAAUGUGGUUGCAGAUACGUGUGUUGCAAUGGACGAGUGGGUCUUGCACCCUACUGCUAAAACAGCAAUGGAUGAUAUAAUUCCUUGUGUGGACAAUGCAACUGCUCAGGCAACCUUGCGACAAACCAAGGAAGUUACAUAUCAACUAGUCAAUGUUGUUGAUACCAUAAUCAACAGUGUUUCCAACAGAAAUUUCCCUCCGCAGGCAGGACCUUUGUAUUAUAACCAAUCUGGUCCAUUGAUGCCUGUUCUUUGCAACCCAUUUAAUUCUGACUUCACAGAACGGCAAUGUGUCGCUGGCGAAGUGGACUUCAACAAUGCUACUGAGGUGUGGAAGAAUUAUAUCUGUCAGGAUCAAUCUGGAAUUUGUAAGACAACUGGUCGAAUUACUCCGAGCACAUACAACCAAAUGGCAACUGCUGUGAACUUAAGCUAUGGGUUGCGUCGAUAUGGCCCUUUCUUGGUUAGCUUGCAAGACUGCACUUUCGUUCGGCAAACUCUUACAGUCAUCAGCCACUCUUACUGUCCUAACUUGAGACGAUACACCGAAUGGAUCUAUGUCGGGCUAGUGAUGGUAUCUGCUGCUGUGAUGCUGUCAUUGAUCUUCUGGGUAAUCUACGCAAGAGAGCGAAGGCAUCGUGUGUAUACGAAGCAGUUGUUGUCUAGAGGCAUGGAAAGCCGAGACAAGGCCCCAUAGAGAUGUGCUAAUGUAGUUAGUUGCUUUAUUCUGCGUAUACCUUGGGUAGCAUAGGUUGCAAUAUUUUUGGACAUUGUACAUUAUGAGUCCUUAGGCUUGGCUAUUACUCAGUUUAGCUCCAUAUGUGUCAACUGAAAUGGGUGCGUCUUACAUUACCUCUAAGGUAUGAUGAUUUAUUGUCUUAGUAUUAUUAAUAAUUCAUACAUUUCAGAUUUUAUUUCUG